AUGCGGGGGAAGAUACAGGGGAAGAUACAGGGGAAGAUGCGGGGGAAGAUACAGGGGAAGAUGCAGGGGAAGAUGCGGGGGAAGAUACAGGGGAAGAUACAGGGGAAGAUGCGGGGGAAGAUACAGGGGAAGAUACAGGGGAAGAUGCGGGGGAAAAUACAGGGGAAGAUGCGGGGGAAGAUACAGGGGAAGAUACAGGGGAAGAUGCGGGGGAAGAUACAGGGGAAGAUGCGGGGGAAGAUACAGGGGAAGAUACAGGGGAAGAUGCGGGGGAAGAUACAGGGGAAGAUACAGGGGAAGAUGAGGGGGAAGCUGCGGGGGAAGAUACAGGGGAAGAUGCGGGGGAAGAUGCGGAGGAAGAUACAGGGGAAGAUGCGGGGGAAGAUGCGGGGGAAGAUACAGGGGAAGAUGCGGGGGAAGAUGCGGGGGAAGAUGCGGGGGAAGAUUUGGUCCUGGUGUACGUGGCUACACCUUUCCCUGGCCAGUUCAUCCCUGGGAAAGGUUUAG